AUGGGCGGCACGUCGAUGAUCGAAGUUGAGAGAAAGUUUGCGCCGCCCGACCUCGUGCAGCUCGCGCGGCGAGUUGAGGAGCUCGGCGGGAAGCGGGUGAGCGAGGCGUCCUUCACCGACGUGUACUUUGACACGCCCGACUGCGCGCUCACGCGGCGCGACAUCUGGCUGCGCCGGCGCGACGACGAGUGGGAGCUCAAGCUGCCAGCCUUGCGCGACCUGCUGCCAGUCUCGAGCACGUGCGAGGAUUUGUGCGGCAUCGACGACACGCUGCGCGACGCGGCCCUCGCGCCCUUCGCCGACUUCGCCACCACCCGCUCCAAGUUUGCGCUCGGCGGCUGCUCGAUCGACGCCGACACGGCCUCGUUUGGCCACGCUGUGAUGGAGAUUGAGGUGCUCUGCGCCGACGCGUCGGGCGUGGAGGCGGCGGAGGCGGAGAUUGCGCGCGUCGCCGACCUCGUCGGCGCGAAGCCGCUCACGAGCGCGCUCGGCGGCAAGCUUGAGACUUACAUCAGGCGGCACGCGCCCGCCGUGCUGCAGGCGCUGGUGGAGGAGGGGAUCUUGUCGAGAAAAUAAGGGCUGGAGGGUGAUUUCGUGUGCGCCAGUCCACACACGUGUCGUGCCCAUGUCACUGUCAGGAGAACCUCGAGAGAGAGAGAGCUCUCUCUCUCUCUCUCUAUUGAAGCAGUG